ACAGAAAGGGGAGGCAUGUCGGCGACGGCCAGGCGCCUGUGGAUGGCGGCGCUCGUGCUGUGGGCGAGCGGGGCGCUCGCGCUGCUGGGUGACCGCGAGCCGCCUCGCGCCUGCCCGGCCCGCUGCUCGUGCGCUGCCCGCCUGCUGGACUGCAGCCGGAGGAAACUGAGCCGGGGACCGGCGCCACUGCCCGCCUGGACCGUCCGCCUGGAUCUGAGCCACAAUCGAAUUACUUCCAUCAACAGCAGCUUAUUUAACAAUCUUCACAAUUUACACGAAGUAAAAAUAACCCACAAUGAAUUAACUGAAGUGCCGAACUUCGGAAUUAUGGCUUCAAACAUUACCAUUCUUUCACUGUCUUAUAACAAAAUUGUUGAGGUAAGAUCUGAGCAACUGACACCAUUCCGGUCUUUGGAAACACUGGAUCUCAGUAACAAUCACAUUUCGGAAUUGAAAACAUUUCCACCUCUGCAACUUCGGUGUCUGUACAUCAACAAUAACAAAAUAACUUCUUUGGAUCCUGGUUGCUUUGACAAUCUUUCCAACACACUACAAAUCCUAAAGCUAAACCGGAACAAAAUUUCAGCUAUUCCUUCAAAGAUGUUUAAGCUGUCCCAUCUUCAGCAGUUGGAACUUAGCCGCAAUAAAAUUAAAAAAGUGGAUGGUCUUACAUUUCAAGGACUUAGUGCUUUGAAAUCUCUGAAGUUACAACGAAAUGGCAUUAGUAAACUCAUGGAUGGAGCUUUCUGGGGACUGAGUAACAUCGAGACUUUACAAUUAGAUUUUAACAAUCUGACAGAAGUAACGAAAGGAUGGUUGUAUGGCUUACUCAUGUUGCAACAACUUAACCUUAGCCAGAAUGCCAUCAACAGGAUCAACCCAGAUGCCUGGGAGUUCUGCCAAAAACUCAGUGAACUAGAUGUUUCGUUCAAUGAGUUGACACGUUUAGAAGAUUCCAGCUUUGUUGGCCUGAGCCUUCUUGGACAGCUGUAUAUCGGAAACAAUCAAGUGAGCUACAUUGCUGAUGGUGCCUUUGGAGGACUUUCCAGCUUGCAUAGCCUAGACCUGAGAAACAAUGAAAUCUCAUGGACUAUUGAGGAUAUGAAUGGGGCUUUCUCUGAAUUGAGCAAACUUAAGAAAUUGGGGCUACAAGGAAACCGAAUUCGAUCAAUCACAAGAAAAGCAUUUUCUGGCCUGGAUGCACUUGAAUACCUUGAUCUGAGCAAUAAUGCAAUUAUGUCUGUCCAAAGCAAUACCUUUUCUCAAAUGAAGAAGCUUCACGAAUUGUACUUGAACACUACAAGCCUUCUUUGUGAUUGCCAGCUAAAAUGGUUGCACCAAUGGGUGACAGAUAAUGGAUUUCAACCAUUCAUUAAUGCAAGUUGUGCUCAUCCCCAGUGGCUGAAAGGAAAAAGUAUAUUUGCCACCAAACCAGAAGACUUUGUAUGUGAUGACUUCCCCAAACCUGAGAUUAUUGAACAGCCUGAAACUCAAGCGGCCGUAAAAGAUUCCAAUGUCAGUUUCAUCUGCUCAGCAGCGAGCAGCAGUGAUUCACCAAUGACUUUUGCCUGGAAGAAGGAUAAUGAAGUGCUUCAUAAUGGCGAGAUUGAAAACUACGCACAUCUCCGGUCGCAAGGAGGUGAAGUCAUGGAAUAUACUACCAUCUUACGCCUUCGACAUGUGAAUUUCAGUAGUGAAGGAAAAUACCAGUGUGUCAUUUCCAACCAUUUUGGUUCAUCAUACUCCAACAAAGCCAAGCUAACAGUGAACAUGCUACCAUCAUUUACAAAAUCACCAACAGAUCUUACUAUUCGGGCAGGAGCGAUGGCCCGUUUAGAAUGUGCUGCGAUUGGUCACCCAACACCACAGAUAGCCUGGCAGAAGGAUGGUGGCACUGAUUUCCCUGCUGCACGAGAGAGAAGGAUGCAUGUUAUGCCAGAGGACGAUGUAUUUUUUAUUGUAGAUGUGAAGAUAGAAGACAUUGGAAUCUAUAGUUGCACAGCUCAAAAUAGUGCUGGAGCCAUUUCAACCAAUGCAACACUCACUGUACUUGAAACGCCUUCAUUCGUGCGCCCUCUUGUUGAUAAAACAGUAGCAAAAGGUGAGACUGCAGUUCUACAGUGCAUAGCUGCUGGAAGUCCUCCUCCAAGGUUAAACUGGACCAAAGAUGACAGCCCGUUAACAGUAACUGAACGACACUUCUUUGCUGCUGGAAAUCAGCUUCUGAUUAUUGUAGACUCCAACCUGGAAGAUGCUGGAAAGUACACUUGUGAAAUGUCAAAUACUCUUGGCACUGAGCGAGGCCACAUACGUCUGAAUGUAAUUCCUAUACCAAACUGUGAUUCAACACAGAGUGCUGCACCAUUCGAAGAGGAUGGAUGGUCUACAAUUGGAAUUGUAAUCAUUGCAGUAGUCUGCUGUGUGGUUGGCACUUCUUUAGUCUGGGUGGUUAUUAUUUACCAUACAAGACGGAAGAGUGAGGACUGCAGUGUAACAAACACAGAUGAGACAAACUUGCCUGCAGACAUCCCAAGUUACUUGUCAUCCCAGGGAACCCUAUCAGAUCAUCAGGAAGGCUAUGGGCGAUCAGAAGCUGGAAGUCACCAUCAACUUAUGACUUCCUCAAUGAAUGGAUAUUUACUUCAGCAUAGAGGAAGUGAUGAUCUUUGUCAUAUUGACAAUGGAAGCGACACCGAUCUUGAAGGCAUGGCUGACCCACUAGUUUUUCAUGACCCAGAUCAAGCAGGCUCAGUGUACAUGGGAGGAACUGUGUAUGAAUCAGAACGGCUGGAAGGAAUCAAUCAACACGAUGGAAACUCUGAUCAGGUAGUGGCUUGUGCCAAUGCAUAUGAUGACUCCAGCAUAAAUUCAAAGAAAAAGGAAUAUUGUCAAUAUUCCCAAGUGCCUCCAGAAGAUCCCUUUGAUCAAGCCAUCGCAAAGAUAAUGGUACAGAUCCCAAGUUCAAACUUGUUCAAUUCUGUGCAAACCCUGCACAAAGGAACUCCUAUUGGCAUUCCAGGUUCAAGCAGAAAUUCAGAAAAAUUACCAGCAACCAUGUAUGGUGGGACAUUUGGGAAACCUCUGUGGAGAACACUCCAAGAUCCCUAUUCUGAUUGUACCCAGCCAGCUGUAUCUCCAUCAUUAACACUUCAUCACAAUCCUCGAGCCUUACUCCACAGUGAUUCUGAGGCUGAAGAACAAUCAGACAAUCCUCCAGUUUCUGUCACUGGGCAACACAAUAGUACUUAUGAACGCAAUGUUGAUAAAUGCAGGACUCCAGUAUUUCAGCCUUACAGAGUUAAUACGUAGACACAUGAACUACUACACUGAAAUUUAUUGUACCAAAGAAAGACUUGAACAAACUACCUCAUAAAGCUGUGUUGCUGCAGUUCUGCGGAAAAAAAAAACAAUUCUUUCAUUUAGGAAAUAGUUGUAUCAUGAACAGGUUGUAAAUCGGCAUAAACUGAUGAUGGAUGGACCAAGAGGAAAUGUUAGUGAUGUAUGCUUUUGUUUUGAGAACACUACCCUUCUGAAGUAUGACGAAUUUGCUAUAUUUUUUAUUAUUUUAUACUUUUUUACUGAGAUAUGAAUUUUCACCUGUAAAUUAUGUAAAUAACUAGUAUUUUACCUAUGUUUGUAUAAUAGGGAUACUUUUUUUAUUGAACUUCAUUAGUAUGCUAGAAUUUAUUAUUGGCGGUACAGCAUGUUAGUUAUGUGGUGCUAAUUCUGACUAUGGGUCAGAAUUGUAGUGCCUUGUUUGCACAUCUAAGUUGACAAUAAAAUGGCAUUUGCUUUGAACCAUA